GACUAUCUGGUCAAGUCCCGGGAGCUGGAGAGAGAGCUGAGGACAAUGUCCAUGGAGAAAACCAGAGCUGACUCACUGGUGGAGGAACUCAAGUCCCGGCUGUCCAGACAGGACGAGAUCUCGGGACAACUCAAGGACCAAAACUCCAACCUCAACUACGAUGUGGACCAGCUGAUUGCUGUGGUCAGGACUGCUCGCUCCUCCGGCCGCUGGGAGAUUGACAAAGUGAGAUUUCGUGAGCUGACUAUUGAGCAAGUGUUUGGUUCCAUCCAUGAGACGUUCUCCAAGUCUCGAGUGUCGGGAGAUGACAGCGAGAUGAGGGAACAGAUCCGACGACGCGACGACAAGAUCGACGCCUUACAACAGGAGCUGAAACGUCUACGAGCCGACUCCAAGCUUGUUCAGGAUGAGGUCCAGUCUCGUGAUCGUAAGAUUGUCAGUCUGACGAGCCAGGUGAGUGACCUUCAGUCGGAGCUGUCGGUCAAGGACUCGGAGAACAACAACCAGCUACAGACGAUCCGCAUGUUACAGGACAAGGCGAGACAGUCGGGGUUGGAGUUGACGAAAUCUGACGAAGUGAUUCGACAGCUCAAGAUGGACGCCUUGUCCAUGAGGGACCAGCACUCUCAGUCUUCGCAUGAUGUGAGCCAUUAUGAACGGAGGAUCCGUGCCCUGGAGGGGGAGCUGGUGGAGGCCAAGGACCAACGCAUGAAAAAUCUGGAUGAGUUGGGUGCCCUUCAGGAGCGACUUCGUGAGGGUCAGCUUUCGACUCACGACCACCACGAAGUUCUCAAGUCUGAGCUGGGUCGCCGUGACGACACCAUCCAGAAACUGAGGCGGGAUGUUCUUGACCUGCAGGAGAAGCGGGACAGUGCUUUGGCUGAGAGUGACGCUGCGGUACAUAAGCUCUCAGUGUCGGAAGACCAGCUGAAGAGAGCUCAGGAGGAGGUGUACCGUACGGAGAAGAGAAACUCGGCCUUGGAGGAGGAAGUGGCACACGUGAGGGCGCAGCUCAACGACGCUGAUAACGAGGCCAAGACUGCCAGCAAAAAGGCCACACGGCUGGAGGGAGAGUUACAGACCUUGAGGGGACAGACGGACGACUAUCAGGGGCAGGUGAAAAAACUGACGGUCAGUCUCCAACGACUUCAGAGUUCUUCUAAAGACACGAGAGACACUCUCACUUCCGAGGUGUCUGACCGGCAAGAGACCAUCCAGAAGCUGCGUGGGGAGAACCGUGACAUCGAAGAGAAACUGCGGGAGGCUUUGAGCAGCGCCCAGCACGUCGGGGGGAGAUGCUUUACAUUUUCACACACAAAAAACUUUUUUUCACAUCUUUACAUUGUGAUCAUUGCCCAGAUCGACCGGCUACAGACGGUGGUACAGGAGAAAGAACUGACGGGCUCCCAGCAGGACACGCUUUACCGCUCGGACAUCGCCGAUCGCGAGGAGGAGAUCUCUCGGCUUAAGGCCGACCUCAACAUCCUGCAUGAGAAACUGGCUCAGUCGGAGGGACAGCUGAUCUCUCGAGAGGAACAAAUCUCUCGGCUCCAGGCGGAUGUGAGGGAGGUACACGGAGAGUCCACGAGGAAGGAAGAGGAGUUGAGGAGGGCGGAGGCUGAGCUGAGGUCUGCGGACGAGGAGAGGAAGAGGCUGGAGGAUGUGGUUCAGCGCCGUGAGAUCAGCCUGCAGCAGAUGGAGCACGACCUUGAGCAGGUCAAGGACAAGUACAAAGACGCGGUGGAGGAAAAUGGGAGGCUGGAGGCGCGGAUACAAGCCUUUGCCAUCAACGCUCAGAGUGAACAGGAUGUGCUCAACACUGAGGUGAAGAGACGUGAGGAGGGCAUCAAACGUCUCAAGCUGGACAUUGUCAAACUGCAGGAGGUGUGCAGCAGAUAUGAGGAAAAGUCGUCCCAGGCAGAGAGAGAAGUGGAACAUCUCAAGACACAGCUCAGGUCCUGUCAGAACGAGAAUGAAGCCAAGCGAGCAGCCGUAACAAAUCUUGAGAGCAGUGUGGAAGAGCUGAAGGAUCGCGGGUCUAAACAGUUGGACGAGAACGCGCGGCUGGAAGACAAGAUCCGGGAACUGACUGUGGCCAUCACAACACAAGAGGCUCAGUGUGAGAAACUCAGGCAUAUGGUGAGCAGUAAGGAGGAGCUAGUGCAGCAGCUAAAGAGUGACGGGGAGUCUCUGAGUAGACAGCAGAAGGAAACUGUUAGUAAGGUUUUGGUGCGGGAUGAGAACAUUCAGAAACUGAACACAGAGAUCGGCAAACUGAAGGCCAAACAUCAGGAGAAGACCAAGGAGAUUGCCAAGCAGUCAGAGCUGAUCAAGAAGCUGCAGGCGACCUUGAGCCAAUGUCACCAGGACCUGGAUGAGCUGCGGAAGAGAGGAGAUGAGGACCUGUGUCGUAAGGAAGACUGUAUCAAACAGCUGCAGGAAGAUCUGAUGGAGUCUCAGAGUCAGCACUCGGCCUGCUACAAUGAGCUGGUGCGUAUCGAGGAGGAGCUAGAGUUGUUGAAGGGAGAGCACUCACAGCUGAACAAAGUGUCGCAGCAGAGCAGCCUGGAGAUGAGCGCGCUACAGGAGCAGUUCCAUCAGAUAGAGCUAGAGCUGGCCAUAACCCAAGAGAAACACAGGACUUGUCAGAAGGAGGUGUCCAGCCGUGACCAGGUGAUUCUCAAACUCCAGUCUGACCUUGACACUGCCCAGCAGAAGUACCAGGGGAGUGUCGACGAGCUGAAGAUCUCGGAGGGUGAGACCAAGCGGAUGUCGCUGCGUGUGAAGCAGCUUCAGCAGGAGGUCAGGGAGAACAACGACAACAUCGACCACAAGGCUGCUCAGGCUCAGAACCAGGCUCGCAACAUCGAGCAGCUCAAGUCGGAGCUCCAGGCCAGCAAGUCGAGUGCCUCUGCCGAGAUCUCCCGCAUGCAGCAGGACAAUGACGUCAUACGGGAGGACCUGGAGGUCACUCGUGCUGACCUGGCUGAGGGUCGGAGGUCGAACCUGGAGCUGAAGAACACGGUACUGGGACUGACGGAGGAUCUCAGCAAGUACAAAAAACUGCAGGAUGAGAGUGCUGAUGAUAUACGACGUCAGAGUGAACAGUUGAAGGAACAGGAGACCAUUCUGAGUGAGACCAGACAGCAGCUGUUUGUGUCGCAGGGACAGCUGGAAGUGGCCAAUCAGACGGUGGAGAAGCUCGAAUCAUCUCUAAGUAGUCAGAAGCAAAAGUUGAACCAGGCCAGCGCACAGAUAGGCCACCUGGAGUCAACCGUCGGGUCACUGCAGGAGAAACUGACGGAGAGCAGGAGUAGGGAACUGGACAAAGAACAGACAAUAGAGCAGCAGAGGUCUGAGCUGGAGGGCCUGGAUCGAGCCUUCUCGGAGAGCAAGGAGGAAGUGGGCAAGUGUGAGGACAUGAUCCAUCAGCUGACCCAGGAGCUGGACAGCACGCAGCGAGAGCUGGGGGCCACACAGACCAGGGUCAAGGACUUGGAGGAGGCCAACAGGGAGCUCAGGGACCGGGUGCAGGAGGCCAAGCAUGAGGCCCUACAGAACGACGAGCGAGCACACAACUUUGAGAACAAACUUCUGAACUAUCAGACAGAGCACAGCCACACAGACAGAGAGUUCGCAGAGAAGGAGGACCAGAUCGCCGGCCUGGAGUACCAGCUAGAGGAGGCUCGAAGCGAGAUUGAGCUCAAAGGUCGCACCGUGGAGCAGCUGAAGGCAGACCUUGACCUGACCCAGUCUGACCUCCAACAGGUCAAGGACGACAAGAGUACGGCGCUGACAGAGAUUGAACGCCUGGAGCAGAAUGUCCAACAGCUACAGCUCAACCUAAGCUCCGCCCACCAGCGCCACAAGAGCGAGACAUGUCGCUAUGACGACCUGGUGGCCACGCUGGAGCGACAGCUGUCAGACGUGAAGGCGGGGCUAUCGGGGGCGGAGCUUCAGCUGAACAACAAGGAGGAACAGAUACAGAGGAACGAGGCGGAGAUUGCGUCUUGUCGGGACGACAUACACAGUAAAGUGGAGGAGAUAGAGAAGCUGGAGCGAGCUGCCCACGAGGUCAAGCUAGAGAUGGCUCAACUCAACUCUCACAACAAACAGCUGGACGCUUCUAUUGAGGACCUGAAGUCAGAGACAGAGAGCCUGAGGAGAGAGCUGGGAGAGUCGAGGACACAGUACAAGGACUGUGCUCAGGAGCUGGCCCACCAUGAGGAGAAGCUGAGCCUGAUGGAACAGAGCCUUCAGACGACGCAGGAGGAGCUGAGUCAGAGGGUCACCGAGGUCGUCAGGCACGAGCAGAGCACCAGGAAACUGCAGGCGGAGCUGAAGUCGGUCAGUGAGAGAGCUGAGGGCCAAGAGGAAGAGCUGAAGGAGCAGAAGAGCCUCCUAGGAAAACUGCGCAAGGAGCUGAUGUCUGCCAAGGAGGACUACCACGGUGCCGUGCAGGAGGGUGUGGCCUACAAGCAGCAGGCACACAAGGCGGAACUCGAACUCUCUGGGGCCCGCGAGCAGGAGAAGAUGCUCUCUGAUCAGGUGGAACAGCAGGAACAGAUCCUAGGCCAGCUACAGGUGGAGCUGCGUGCUGAGCGAGAGCGACACGGCGACACGGUCAGACAGCUCAGCGCCAGCAAGAAGUCAGGCCUUGACCUUCAGUCUGACCUUGAGGCUCUGCACAAACAGAUGCACGACGCCCAGGACAGGGUGAAGGCUCGCGAGGAGCAGCUGGCCCGCUCCCGUCACGAGAUGGAAGAACUCCAGCGAAAGAUCCGGGAACUGAACGAGGUUUUGGCCGAGAGAGACGGACAGCUCAAGCUGCUCAACAUGAACCUGCAGACAGCUCAGAAACAGGCGAAACACCACACACAGGAGAUUGCCCGCUAUGAAGACACUCUGGCCCAGCUUCAGACAGACCAGGAGAAACUGCAGGAACAGAAUCGCAAGACCAGCUCAGAUCUGAUGGAGGCUGACAGCAAAGUUCACGAACUGAAGGUCCAGCUGACCACUGUUCACGGCAACCACAAGGAGGCCAUGGAACAGUUAACAGACAAGUCACGGCAGUUGGCCGCCGUCAAGACGGACGCAGCGAAACUGGGACAGCAGAAUAACUCCAUGAGGGAGGAGAUCAUGAUGUACGAUGAGAAGCUGCGCAAGAUGCAACAGGAGUUGAGAAAGACACAGGAGAUAAACCGUGCCACGGAGGAGGAGCUGCAACACUUUGAGGAGCGCUACACGAGCCUGCAGGUGGACCUGGUGUCGAGCCAGGAGAAGCAGAAACACUCGCUGCAGGAGCUGUCGGCCAAGGAGGAGGAGAUGGUGGUGCUGAAGGUGGAGCUCAGUUCGCUACAGGAGAAGUACAAGGCUGCUACUGAGGAGUCUGGCAAAGUCCUGAAUGAGCUGGAGUUGAUGAAGCAGAACUACCGCAGCGCCAACGAGGAAAUCUCCGGCCUGAGGGUGGCCCUGGAGGAGUCGCGGGCGAAUGGUGACCGGCUGCACCGAGAGAGCGAGUUGGUGGUUCACAACGUCAACACCUGGGUGCAGGAGCAGAAGCUGGCUAAUGAAAAACUGGGAAACAAAAUCAGGGAGCAGAGCAAGGCUAUCAUGGCACUGACUGCAGAGAAAGAGAUGCUGCUGGACCAGGUGAGCAAGCUGCAGAAGUCUUACAACAAGACCAAGGUGGAGCUGGAGGAGAAGGCCACGGACGGGGAUAAGCUCAGGGCCCUCCAGUCCCACUCUGCCCACCAGCAAGUCAUUCUGAAUCAGCUCAAGAGUCGCCUGGAGGAACACGAGGUUGAGCAGGACGAGGAUUUGAAGACAAAGGAGGCGACCAUCGAUGACCUUCACCACCGCCUCAAGGCUAACAUAGACAGUAUACACAAACUCAACCAGCAGUUGGCCGGACUUCAGAAGGACAACGUGCGACUGCGUGGCGACCUUGACCGUGAGAUGGCGACCCGCCAGAACCUGGAGAUGCAGUUACAGAGUCGUGACCAGCUGGUGGAGAGUCUGAGGUCACAGCUGGACCAGAGCAGCUACAAGAGGCUGAUGGAGAGGGCUGAUCAGUACAGGGAUCCUGAGAAACUGGCGCGCACGGCCUUGAGUAAAGUGGCGGAGGAUUGCGGCACCGAUCCCAACAAUAUGGACAAGUCUUACUGGAUACAGCGGGUCGGAGAGCUGUCCAUCCAGCUGCAGCAGAGCUCAGAGUACUGGUCGGACAAGGUCAGGGAUCUCUCCAACCAGCUGGAGAAGUCUCGCUCCGUGUCGUCCUCCAUCAUCUCCAAGGUUCACUGAGCAGCGACCCCCCUCCACCGUCUCCACCCUUCCCCCCUCCUCAAUGAAGUCUGACCUCCUCACCUCUAUACAAGCCUUAUAUUUUAUAUAUACAUAUUAAUAUGUAUGUCUGUGUGUCUGUAUGUUGUUGUUGUUGUGCGUGGAGGGGUACGUGUAUGUUGGCAGUGUGCACGGAUAAGUUAGGACUUGUAGUGCGGUAUUUACGAGUCACCUGUCACUUUGGCUGUGUCUUUCCGUCUGUGCCCCGUUCUUUACCACAACGCCCCCCACCCCCACCCCACACACACACCCCAUUUUCUGUCACAGUCUCUGCUUCAAUGAAUUAUUUCAUGAAGUUGUAGGCCGCUGUCAGCUUUCAUGUUGUCAGUGUGUGAGGGAGGUAGAUCUUUCCUGAUUUCUUUUUGCCUCCAAUUUGACCCUUCGGCACAAUUUUCAUCAGGUCUGUUUCUUUAACAUUAUUUGUGGGACCAAGUCCACGGUACCGGUACUUGAAGUUUAGUACAUGAAUGUCCUUUUGCUCAUCUCGUAUUGUGAGAGAAAAACCAAAGAAGAUGUCCCAAAGAUAUGUCAUCGACGUCAGAAACUCAAAAAAAAAAAA